UCUCAACUUCCUAAAGCUACCACUCCACAGAACCCUACAAACCCAUUCAACAAAAAAUACGGCCCCAUCUUCUCCCUCACCUUGGGGGCCCGAAACGUCGUCGUAGUCUCCUCCCCAUCUCUCGCCGAGGAAUGCCUCAAACAAUACGAUGUCGUCUUCGCCAACCGCCCCCACAGCAUCCUCGGCUGGAAGAUCCUCGCCUACAACUACACCUCCAUCGGGGCGGCGCCUUACGGCCCGCACUGGCGCAACCUUCGCCGCCUGUCCGCCGUGGAGCUCCUCUCCGCCCCACGCCUCAACUCCUUUCUCCACGUCCGUACCGACGAGGUCACGCGCUUGGUCAACGGCCUGGUUGCUGACGUGUCCGCCGGGUCAGGUUUUGGUAAGGUGGAGAUGAAGUUGAGGCUGGUGGGCCUGUCGAUGAACAUGGUGAUGAGGAUGGUCACCGGGAAGCGGUACUUUGGCACGUCGGAAGAGAAAGAGGGUCGUGAUGAAGAAGAAAAAGAAGAAGGGGAGGAGUUUAAGGAGCUGAUAAUGGAGGCGUUCGAGCUGAGUGGCACGUCCAAACCUGUUGAUUUCUUGCCUCUGUUGAAGUGGGUCGAUUUCAAUGGACUGGAGAAGAAGAUGGACGCGUUCUUUCAGGGUUUGAUUGACGAUCACCGGAGCAGCAGACUGCAGAGGGAAGAGGAGGAGCAAGAGGAUGGUGUUGGUAGUCUGAGCAGAAAGAUGAUGAUCGAUACCAUGUUGACUUUGCAGGAAUCCGAAACUGAGAACUACUCCGAUGAUAUCAUCAAAGGUCAGGUUAUGUCAUUGAUACUUGCAGGUACAGAUACUACAGCGGCGACAAUAGAAUGGGGCAUGUCACUCUUACUCAAUCAUCCAGAGAUUCUCGACAAGGCCAGAGCUGAGAUCGACAAUGCAGUUGGCAACAAUCGACUGGUACAAGAAUCUGACUGCAUUGAUCUUCCCUACCUCCAAUGCAUCAUUAGCGAGACAUUCCGUCUAUAUCCGGUUGGGCCGCUUUUGAUACCACACCAAUCUUCAGAGGAUUGUACCGUUGGAGGUUAUUUCGUUUCAAAGGAGACAAUGUUGUUUGUCAACACAUGGGCUAUUCAUAGGCAGCCCACUGUUCAUAGGGAUCCCACAGUUUGGAAAGACCCCACGAGAUUCUGGCCCGAGAGACAUUCAGAAGCUGAGGCGAAUGCUUAUCAAUUGCUGCCAUUUGGUGCGGGGAGAAGGUCAUGUCCUGGCAUCGCACUUGCGAACCGUACUGUAAGUGUGGCGUUAGGCACUUUAAUACAAUGCUUUGAAUGGAAAAGGGUCGGUGAAGAACUACUUGACAUGACUGAAGGACCGGGACUGACCAUGCCUAAACUUGAGCCACUGGAAGCUUUAUGUAAACCGCGAAAGUUUAUGGAAGAUGUUCUUAUCACUGUGCAAGGUGACAAAUAG